AUGGGCUCCGUGCCACAGACCACCAACACUUUCGACGUCCUCAUUUUGGGCGCAGGCCUGUCGGGUCUAUGCUCGUUAUACCAACUCCAGAAACGCUUCCCUGACUGGCGCAUUAAAGUCCUCGAUGCCGCCCCUGACGUCGGGGGUACCUGGUAUUGGAACUCGUACCCAGGCUGUCGCUUUGACUCCGAGUCCUUGUCUUACUGCUUCUCUUUCGACAAGGAGCUUCUUGAUGAAUGGCACUGGAAAGAGGCCUUUUCACCACAGCCAGAGACUCACAAAUACAUCGCCUACUUUGCCAAGAAGCACAAUCUCUACAACAGUAUUCAGUUCAAUACCAUCGUUAAGAAGGCAUCUUGGAACGACACCAACCAUACUUGGACUUUCGUGGAUGAGGCUGGCAAUGAGUAUGUCACUACCUUCUUCGUCAGUUGUAUGGGUUUCUUGUCGGCGCCAACCCUACCUGCCAUUGAGGGCAUUCAAGAUUUUGGUGGGAAUCUGUUUCACACUUCUCGGUGGCCAAAAGAUCUCGACCUAGCUCGCGACUUUGCCGGCAAAAAGAUUGGUGUGAUCGGUACUGGGGCUACUGGCAUCCAAACCAUCACCUCGUUAUCCAAAGAGCCAAACAUCGAGUCAAUCAGCGUCUUCCAACGCACCGCCAAUUGGUCCGCCCCUCUCCGCAACUCUGAGAUCUCGGUUGAAGACAUGGCGAAGCACAAGAAAAACUACGAUAAACUUUUCCAAACUUGUGCCGAAAGUUCCUCGGGCUUCAUGCACAAAGGCGAUCCUCGAAAAUCGCUCAAAGUGUCUGCUGAAGAACGCCUUGAACUUUGGGAAAAGCUCUACAAUGCACCUGGAUUUGGGAAGUGGCUGGGUGUUUUCUCCGACACAUACACGGAUCGCUACGCCAACAGCUUGUACUCCGACUUCAUGGCUGGGAAGAUCCGACAACGAGUGAACGAUCCUGCGGUGGCGGAGAGCUUGAUUCCCAAGAACCAUGGAUUUGGAACUCGCAGGGUUCCAUUGGAAAGUGGCUACUUUGAAGCCUACAACAAGCCAAAUGUUCAUCUUGUUGAUUUGCAAAAGACACCAAUUGAUCGCGUCACGCCACGGGGUAUAUUGACUACUGACGGCGAAGAACAUGCACUUGACGUUCUGAUCUGCGCCACUGGUUUCAACGCAAUCACUGGUGCCUUCAGUGCGAUCGAGUGGCAUGGUAUGAACGGCCGUCCGUUAACCACUACCAGCGAUAUGCCCGAUAGUGAUCAAGCAAUCUGGGUGGACCAUAGACCCAGGACAUUCCUGGGACUCACUGUGCCCUCAAUGCCAAACAUGUUUAUGGUUCUUGGCCCUCAUCAGCCUUUUGGUAACGCCACUCGCAACAUUGAAUACGCCGUGCAGGCAGUCUCCGAUCUGCUACAGUACUGCAGGGAUAAUGGCUUCACUUCUGCUGAACCGACAGAAGAGGCUGUUGAGGAGUGGACCAAGCAUGUGGUACAAUGUAGUGAGAGUCAGACACUGAUGAACGAGAUUGACAGUUGGAUGACUGGCGUUAACAAGAACGUCAAGGGGAAAACUGUGCGGAGUGUAGCGCGGUAUAGCGGAAAUAUCACUGAGUAUCGAAGACGAUGCGAGGAAGUGAAGAAGAUGGGCUACAAGGGAUUGGUGUUCUCGUAG